CAAAUUGACAUGCAUAGCGAUUAAAGUUUAACCUAUUUCUACAUAUAAUACAUACCUUCCUCUAUCCCAUACUAAUUAUGGGAGGAAAAGAUCAAAACCUCGAGUAUUACCCUAAGACUUAAGUGAUAUCCUUGGAAAUAUGUAGAUACUUGUCUCUGGCAACGGCGUUAUAUACACCGCACUUGAGAAAACGCAGGGAAAACAAACAUACUGCAUAUUGACAAAUUUGCUUGUUAAUUGGAUGAGUAAUGUAUUGCGGUAUGGAUUUUGCGGCAUGGAUCUUCUAAUUGAUUUUAAACUACGUGCAUAGAUUCCACCUGUUUUCCACACAAGAAAUGCCUUUAUGGCCAAGUUGGUAAGGCACCUCACUAGUAAUGAGGAGAUCGUCAGUUCGAAUCUGGCUGAAGGCAUUUUUUUCGAUGCUUAUCCUUUUUGCCUUGACUAGUGCAGUUUCCUAACGAUGAAAUCUUCAGAGCUUCCCAAGUGGAAGCUUUUUUAACUUAAGAAGAAUUAGAUAAAGACUGCAAGUCUCGCAGCGUCAUUUGGAGAAACAGCUUGUUGGCCAAUAGCAAGACGCGACAUCGAACCAAAACACGAAUGUCGUUGUUUUUUUCUGCAGAAAAUUAUUUGCCACGCGCACUACCGCAUCACGAGAAAUUCGCCGUUUAUUUAAAUAGAGAAAGAAAUUUCCUCAAAUCGAAUUUCGAAUUUCUCAUCUUCAUUUUUGGCCACACACACUACUAGUCUGUUUCUUACAUAAGCUUGAGACACCAUCACCACAGCAUAUCUUUACACCAUGGCUGAUCUUAGUCAACUCAUAAAUAAGGAAGACGAUUACAGCUACAACUACAACCCAACCAUGGCUGCUGCCAUGGACAGCGCGGCUAACGGCGAGGCUAUCCUGACAUCUAUAUCAAACGACGCUGCCAAUGGUUCGCAGCCAUCCGAGUCAAAGCUCAAAACCAACGAAGUAACACAGGAAAAGAUUCUAGAAAGCUUUGAGAAGAUAAAGACACAUUUCCCCGCUGCCAGAAUAAAGAAGAUCAUGCAGAGUGACGAUGAGGUGGGAAAAGUCGCACAGGCGACGCCUAUCAUCGUAGGUAGAGCAUUGGAAAUAUUCAUGGCCAAUUUGGUUGAGGUUUCUAUUUUAGAAGCUAAAAAACAAGGUGUCAAAAGAAUCAGUGCCUCCCAUAUCCGUAGUGCCAUUGAGAAUACCGAGCAGUUUGACUUCUUGGUAGAAGCCGUGGAAAAGUAUCCACCUGUGAAAAACUGAAGUUGUGUAGCACAUAGUGUAUAAUAAUGAUAAUGAAAUAACGACAGUUUGAGAUUGUUUUUCAAGCAAAAGUUUUGUCUUUCGGAAGUUACUUCAGCAUACGGUGUUGGUGGGCAUUAUAGAGACCGUUGGCCGUGUAGCUGAAGGUCGGGCAUUGUUGGUAGAU